CAUUUCUGGAAAAAAAAUGCUUUGAAAAGGUCUCUGCCAAAGACGCCGUAAUAAUAACAUCGCCGUUUAGCGACCCUUUGGACGUUACAGAAUUCCGGGUUUUCACCGGCGAUGGAGGGUCACCGCGAUUUCAGUGCUCCUACGGAGUGAUCAUCUUUCCAAGCACAAUCGGCGGUGUCUAUUUACUUUUCUUCUCCUAUUAAUUUAUGCAACUCGAAUCCUAGUUAAAUCCACCUCCAUGGACGAAAUUAAAGUUAAGCAAGAAUUCCUAGAACCACUCCGUAAUAACAAUGGUGAUUCUACUAGAGGGAAGAAUGUUUCGGAGAUUGCAGUGAUUGAUCUCGAUAGUUCCGAUGAUGAUUCUUCUACUUCAGGUAAUGGAGUUAGUAAUGGCAAGAGGUCUAGGGUUUCGGGUAAUGGUGGUGAUGACGAAGGUCAUGGUGAUAAGAGGAAGAAAUCUGGUCAGGGUGUGGUUCUUCCUGCUGGUUUUCUUGAUCCUUUGCCACCGAAAGAUGUGGCAUCGCGUGUAGCCAAUGGAACUGGUGUGGCGGCUCAGAGCUGUAAGCAGUUUUGGAAAGCUGGUGAUUUCGAACAGAGUGCUGGUGAUAAUUGGGAAACAUCAUCUGGUGGCAUGGAUCAUGUUAGGGUUCAUCCAAGAUUUCUACACUCCAAUGCCACUAGUCAUAAAUGGGUUCUUGGUGCUUUUGCUGAACUUUUAGACAAUUCAUUAGAUGAGAUCAACAAUGGUGCCACAUAUGUCAACAUUGAUAUGUUAACAAACAAGAAAGAUGGAAAUAGAAUGUUGCUCAUCGAAGAUAAUGGUGGAGGGAUGGACCCUGAUAAGAUGCGACAAUGCAUGUCUCUUGGAUAUUCUUUGAAAAGCAAGGUUGCAGAUGCUAUUGGACAAUAUGGGAAUGGUUUUAAGACAAGUACCAUGCGGCUUGGGGCUGAUGUUAUUGUUUUCUCUCGAUGCUCUCCAAAAGAUGGAACAAGGCCUACACAAAGCAUUGGCCUAUUGUCUUACACAUUUCUACGGUGCACUGGAAAGGAAGAUAUAGUUGUUCCCAUGCUUGAUUAUGAGAAAGGUGUUCGCGAAUGGAAGAAUAUAAUAAGGUCAUCAUCGGGUGAUUGGGAUAAAAAUAUGGAAGCUAUGGUUCAAUGGUCUCCAUUUUCAAGUGAAACGGAACUUUUAAAACAGUUUGAUCAUAUGAAGGAUCAGGGCACACGCAUAAUUAUUUACAAUUUAUGGGAGGAUGAUCAAGGACAGUUGGAACUCGAUUUUGAGACUGAUAAAAAUGAUAUUCAAAUUAGAGGUGUUAAUCGAGAUGAGAAGAAUAUCCAAAUGGCCAAUAAGUUUCCAAACUCUAAACACUUCCUGACAUAUCGACAUUCACUGAGAAGUUACGCAUCGAUUCUUUACUUAAGAAUUCCUCCUGGAUUCCGGAUGAUUCUUCGUGGGAAAGAUGUUGAGCAUCAUAAUAUUGUAAAUGAUAUGAUGAUGAUAACUGAGGUCACAUAUCGUCCACAGCCUGGUGCUGAUGUGGUUUCCAAGGAUACAAAUAUAGUUGCUGUUGUUACUAUGGGAUUCGUGAAGGAUGCAAAAUCUCAUAUUGAUGUUCAAGGAUACAAUGUUUAUCAUAAAAAUCGACUCAUUAAGCCGUUUUGGAGACUCUGGAAUUCAACAGGAAGUGAUGGUCGAGGAGUAAUAGGUGUAUUGGAGGCCAAUUUUGUAGAACCAGCUCAUGACAAACAAGGAUUUGAACGCACAAUUGUCCUUUCAAGACUCGAAUCGCGUCUUUUACAGAUGCAAAAAACGUAUUGGAGGACCCACUGCCACAAAAUUGGGUAUGCCCCACGAAUCAGUAAUAGCAGUUUGCACGACAGUGAAACUUCUCCUGACUAUACCCCGGAAACUUCUUCAAGAAGGAAGAAAGCUUCAAACAAAUCGGCUUCGAAUAAAAAUCAGAAAAUAGCAGGAAGCAGCUCGGGCAGACCUCCGAUGCCAGCUGUCAAUGGUCUCGGGGGGGAGUCAACGCCUUUGAAGACCGAAAAUAUCCAUGAAGAUGACUUGCAAGAUCCCGUAAAUACAAGCUAUACUAAAAGCAAUCCUCAUUAUGAUUAUGGAAACACUAUGCAAAUUGUCACUCAGUCUCAUUCUCAUCCAUCAAAUUUGCCCAUUUUUGGUGAAAAUGGAAGUGUUCCUAUAAACGAUACCACACUUGAUUUAGAUCAGUUGGAGGAAGAGAAUCGCCAAUUAAAGGAGAAGUUGAAAAGAAAAGAAGACGCAAUCUUGGGUGAUCUACUGCACGAACUAGAAAACGAACGAGCUCGUUGCAAGGCACUUGAAGCACAGCUUGAGGAAGUGAAGGAAAAGUGUGAAGCUCUCAACAAGGAGCAAGAAUCUAUAAUAGACGUAUUUGCGGAAGAAAGAGAAAGACGAGACAAGGAGGAGGAGACUUUAAGAAAAAAAUUAAAGGAGACAACAACGACAAUCCAAGAUUUGGUGGAUCGGGUGAAACAGUUGGAGUUGGAGAAGAUGAGAAACCAUAAUUGGAACACGGCGUAGAAACAUUAACCAUUUUAAUUGUAAUUGUGUAUAUAAUAUAAUAUAUAUAUAUAUGGCAAGCAUUUGCAUA